UCCCUGAGCAGCAGAAGGUGUACCGGGCUGGCUUCGCGCGGAUAGGGGGGUGUCGGCGCCAGACGGUGCUCUCAACUACACUUUCUUUCGACCAUCCUCGAGAACACGUCGGUGGCUGGAAAGGAGCGACGAAGAACAGAUACACAGACAGUAUCAUUCUCAGUAAGGCUGUGUGGGAGCGAAGAUGGGAGACGCAUCGAUCCGUUUUCUAAGGAGCGGUAACCUCGCGGACAAGAAGGGCAUGCUGGAGGCGAGGCAGCAGGGCGCACCUCCUCAGCACGUCGGCGAGGCCCUGAGCGAAGUGGCGAUUCGGAACACCAGCCUGGCGGAGAAGAAGAAGAUGUUCGACGACAACGUGAAGAAACACCAGAGCAAGAUGGCCAACAACCCCUUCAGCGGGUCGUUCAAAACGGGUCCGCCGAGGUUGGCCAAGGACGACCCUAACUAUGGAAGGCCGGUCGCAGGCAGCAAGUCCGAGAUGCGAGGCAAGAGGGCUGCGCGCCACAUCAACGCCGAGGUGAUGCUCCUGUGCGACAUGAUCCACCAGGAGGGCCAGCAGCUCGAGGACGGCACUGCAGUCAUCUCCUUCGGCGACCUCUUCCAGAUAUACACUCGUAUCAGCAAUAAGGUCGUCGGAAUGCUACUUCGGGCCCGGAAAUACGGCCUAGUGGACUUCGAGGGAGAAAUGCUCUUUCAGAGACGUGACGACGACGUGCCCAUCCUGCUGACGAGGUCCAUCGCCUCCAUCCGGGACGAGCUGGGCGAGGACAAGGAGUUCGACGUGGGCGUGUGUCACCAGCAGGUCAAAAGGGAGGCCGGUGACGUCUCGUAGUGCCGUCGACUGCCGCGCCCUCCGGCUCCCCGCGCGUCCUUCUUCGUCUACUUGUUGUUGUCUCCUUCGAUUUCUCCGUUUGAUCUAUUUAUUGGAUCUGCUUAUUUAUGAAUUAUUUAUUAUCCUCUGUUUCUCUGAGCUGCUGUAUGUAGGAUGCUUUUGAUUUUUGGACGAAAGAAUGCAAAAAAUAAAUAAAAUGAAAUAAAAAUGACACUAAAAAAUAAGUUCCAUGUCAUAACUUGACAGUGGAUGCUCUGACCUCUCGUCUUUCCAGCGUAUCUUCCCAGCUCGAGCUCUAAAAUCUGUACUUCAUCUUAUGGAUGUGAUCACUAACUUAAUAACUCGUUUCAGAGUGUGAAACAAAUUAUUAUAUAUCGUACUUAACUCUUUGAUAAAUAUCCUCUCUUUUAUUUUUAUACGAUCAACCUAUUUAAAAUCACACCUACUACUGAACUGUUUUAUAUUGACUGUAAGUACUGUUUUGUAGAUUAAACAAUAAAGAAAAUGAGAUAAGCCAAAUCAUUCAGUCUAUACAAAUUAACACCGUUAGUUCCUCUGAAUUCCUGCCAAUGUUAUUCAGGAUUUUGGUUUACAAUUUUAUGUUACUGCCCAGUAGAAGUUACAACUUCCACUGAUUUUAGGCAUGUUGACUCCACAGGUUAGUGUUUGGACAGUAGUUUUGUUCACAUGUGAUUUAAUGUAGAUCUAGAAGCCAAAUGUUUUGGAAUAAUAAAUUUAUUAGUAAAUGA